AUGUCCGGGCCAGCUUCCUCACAGGUUGAGGAGAAGCCUGCAUCGGCGACUCCGAGGAAUCCCAAGCAGAUACGUUCCAGCUCAUGGCUGCGCAACCUCUCAAGGUGGAAUCUGGCAACCCUCCUACUUCUCUAUAUAACCUCUCUUCACGUCAUCGGUCUAUACAUCUUCACAAAAGGCUUCCUCCUCACCCGGCUUACUAUACCUCACGUAUCACCUUCAUAUACACCCUCUUCUCCCGCGCCAUUACCUGCAACACACUCCAAAGCUGUUAUAUUGGUGAUCGACGCCUUACGAACCGAUUUCAUCUCUCCUCAUUAUCCAUCACCCAAAUCACCUUAUCAUCAUGGUAUCCUCACUUUACCAUCUGAAUUAUCAGCUUCUCAACCUGAUCAUUCGCUCAUAUUCAACUCGUUUUCUGACCCACCCACAGCUACCAUGCAACGUAUCAAGGGAAUAACCACCGGCUCUUUACCUACUUUCAUCGAUAUCAGCUCUAAUUUCGCUUCUACCGCCAUAGAAGAAGAUUCCUUGAUCAAACAACUCUUAAAUGCUAACAGAACAAUAGGAUUUAUGGGUGACGAUACUUGGGUGAACCUAUUUCCGGACUCUUUCAACCUUUCUCAUCCAUACGAUUCGUUCAAUGUUGAAGAUCUACAUACGGUAGAUGAAGGGGUGAUCGAGAAUAUCUUUCCGUACCUUCAACCAGCCAAUCAAAGUAGAUGGGAUGUUCUGAUAGGUCAUUUCUUAGGUGUAGAUCAUGUAGGACAUAGAGUUGGACCUAAUGUAGAAACGAUGAAAACAAAAUUAGCUCAAAUGGAUCAAGUCUUACGUCAAAUUGUCGAUUUGUUAGAUGAUGAUACGCUGUUAGUGUUGUUGGGCGAUCACGGCAUGGACGAUAAAGGCAAUCACGGGGGUGAUUCGGAGCUGGAAACUUCCUCUGCCAUGUGGUUGUACUCGAAAUCUAAACCUUUGAAGGGAAAACCAGUAGAAGAAAGUAUAACCAACUCAUGGCCAUAUUAUACUUUCCCAAACUCGGCAGUACCCCUCAGACAUAUCAACCAAAUCGACCUGGUACCGACCUUAUCGCUUCUUCUAGGUAUACCAAUACCAUAUAACAACCUUGGAACAAUUAUACCCGAGUGUUUCUCCAGAGAUUUAUCGACGUUGGAAGCUGCAACCAGAGCCAAUGCGGAGCAAAUCGAUCGUUAUCUUAGUGCCUACGGUGAUGGAUCUUUGAAAUCGGCUUUACAAGGAUCAUGGAGUAAAGCCAGAGCUACUUUGGAUACUAUCGAUUCGAGCGAAGGCACUGCGCCAGAAAUAUCGGAUCACGCUUCGGCAGGUGUCGGCAAGGUAGCAGACUGGAUUAGAAAGGGCAAAGCUGCUGCUGCCGAAGCAUCAACUAAACCAUCGGACCAUCAGGCUCAACAGGACUCCAUCAACCAUCACCGACACUACUCUUUAUUGGCUCUCCGACACCUCAGAGCAUUAUGGGCUCAAUUCUCACUUCCACUCAUCCUGAUUGGUUCACUGAUUUUAGGAUUAAGUGUCCUGACACUCAUUGCGUUGUACGUAGGAGUGAGGAACAACAGUACCAACUGGGACGUUUACGCUCGACUCGCUCUCGAAACGUCUUUUACCGCUGCAGGUAUCAUCGGAUCUAUCGUCGGGACUUUAGCAGGUAUAUAUACCGCUCAACCAUCAACAGCUAUCAAAGUAUUCGUCAUCGCCUCUGUUAUCGUUUCCGAGAUCGUUAUCAUCUUUCCUCUUCUCCUUAAAUUCUCCCUUCCACAGACAUUCUCUAUCAAUCGAUAUAUUGGACCUAUCCUCCUCUUCGCUCAUGCGAUUUCCUUCGCUUCCAACUCAUUUAUAAUGUGGGAGGACCGGAUAGUCCUCUUCCUUCUCACUACCAUCCCAAUCAUAUACCUCAUCAAAGCCCUUUCAGCUCCAACAGCAGAUAUGCGGAUCAAAAUCAUCGGUCUAUCUCUCGCAUACGCCAUCAUCGUCAGAUUAUCAAGUACGAUAACAGUCUGUAGAGAAGAACAACAACCGUAUUGUCGAGUAACCUUCUACUCUGGCAAUACACCUGUAUCACCUCGUUGGGUCGUACUAGCCGUCAUUCCAUUGGCAUUGCAACUGCCUCGAGCGAUCGGUAUAACCCUCAGUCGAUCUAAAUCCCUAGCUGGAUCUGCACCCUUCUUCCUAGGAUACCUAUGGAGAGGAAUCUUGGUUCUCAACUCUGCUCAUUGGGUAUUGGAAUACCUAGAGUAUAAUUCCGACUCAAUAGGAUUAACUCCAUCAGCAAUAUCUACAGCGGGAUUCCUGAAAAUCUGGUUAGCCCGUAUAUCAAUCGGUAUCAAUCUCGGUGCAUUACCUUACAUAUGGUUGAUAUCACCAUUAUGUAUAACGGUGGAGAAGAAGAUUGAUCAAUCGACUGGUGAAUCUCAAAUCAGCGUACUGGGAUUUGCUAAUUCCUACGGAUCAACUUAUAUCCUGUUUUACAUUAUUCCAUUCACUUUGGUUCACUUGACCAAUCAGCCAAUGGGUCAAUUAGUCUUAUCUGCCUUGUUGGUGGGUCAACUGGUUUAUCUGGAAUUGGUAGAUACAAGAAGAGACGCUAUCGUCUUACAACAAUCUUUCGCCACUGCCAACUUCAAUAAUUCCGCUAGCCAAGGACCAGGUGGUUUCGAUGGAAUUGAUAACUCAACUACGAUUGUCCGACCAUCAUUCACCGAUUUAGUCCCGUUGGUAUUAAGUGGGUUUUUAGGAUUUUAUUCAACGGGACAUCAAGCUGUCCUUUCCUCAAUUCAAUGGAAAUCCGCUUUCAUAGGAUUCAACACCGUCACUUAUCCGAUAUCACCUUUGUUGGUCAUCAUAAAUACUUGGGGACCAUUUUUCCUUUCGGCGAUGGCGAUCCCUUUAUUGGCUUUAUGGAAUAUAUCUCCUAUCCCCUCGUCAUCCGCAGGAGGACAAGGAGCUAAACAACCGAUCUUGACGCAUGUCUUACAAUUGAUCCUUGGAUUUCUGAUUUAUCAUACCCUCAUUACGUUCUCCAGCGCGAUAACAUCAGCAUGGUUAAGAAGGCACUUAAUGGUUUGGAAAGUUUUCGCUCCUAGAUUUAUGUUAUCGGGUGUUACACUAUUGAUAGUUGAUUUAGGAUGUUGGAUUGCUCUGCUGGUUGGUGUGAGAGUGACGAGUUGGAAGGUGAAAAGAACUUUUGGAUGCGAGAGCGUUUAG